AUGUUCGCCACCUGCAUUUACGCCGAACUGUCCUUGACUUGCGUCAAGGCAUUAUUUGACCAUGGCCUUAAUGACUACAAAUUUCCAUUCAAAGAGGAAGAUUGUCCUGCACAUGAGGAGAAGGGGAAGUUCAAAUCGAAAUUUCUCCAAAAUCAGAAACUAUUCAACCCUCCAUACUUGCGACUAAACUCGACCCAAAUAUGGAACAACCUCACGGCCAAACCUCUUCAAUUAGACGAGGGAAAACUGCUGGGACGGGGAGCAUUUGGCGAUGUCUACAAGGUUUGGAUACACCCAGACCAGCGAUCCUUCUCGAGUGGCGCCGAUACAAAUGGCAUGUUCGCAAUGAAGGUUACAAAGCACGCAGGGACUCUUGAGGUGUCUUUCCACCGAGAAAUGGAAAACCUGGCCCACCAUCAUCUGCUGAAGUGCCUCGCUAGCUUCACUUUCAGUGCACAGUACAACAUGAUCUACGAGAAAGCAGACUGCGAUGUCGAGAAGUUCAUGGAGGAUCAUAGCGAUCCUCGCGAUCUCGACGACAUGCAACCCGAGGACCUAGCGCAACAAUUAUUUGGUCUAGCUGAUGCGCUCUCUCUCAUUCACAAUCGGGGUCAGAGUGAUCCUGGAAAGAAAUCUGGCCUGCUCACUCCUGAAGGGAGUAAGCAGAAGACCGGCUUCAUCCAUGACAUCAAACCUGAGAACAUCCUCAUGUUCAUCUACAAUCAAGGCGGCAAAAAAACCUACUGGUUUAGAUUGUCGGACUUCUCGUGCGCCAAGGUGGUUGACGUUCUUACUUCCGUCAGUGGUAAGAACAAAUACAGCUAUCAGACAGUAAGUAAGUCAGGCACACCCAACUACCGAGCGCCUGAGGCCACUGGAACGGGAAAGACGUCUCGCCCAUAUGAUCUCUGGUCCCUUGGUUGUGUCUUCCUGGAGCUACUGGUGUGGUAUCUUGACGGUUACACGGCCUUGAGAGAGUUUCGUGACAAACGUGAGUGCCGAGUCACUCCUGGCGGUCGCGAAGACGAAGGGUUCUACUACAAGGCAAAGGAGAGCGAUAAGUUCAAGCUCCGAGACCUGGUCAUGGAGAAGAUCGAGAGAGUAUCGAACCACUGUGAAGGAGCACUUCAAGAUGUUGCAAAGCUCAUCCCAAAGCUACUUGAGAUUGAUCCGAAAUGCCGACUUACGGCCGAACAAUUGGUCACGAAGUUGGAACACAUUGACACUGGUUUACGGCCACCGGAGGAGAUCGCCUCUGGGCAGCACCACGUAGACAGUACCAGCCGUCUGUCAGCUCCUUUGGAAUUGUCUGAUACCGAUUCGGACUCCAGCUUCGGCGGCAUGGUGAGAAUCCAACAUCCUACAGAGUGA